CUAGAAAUCCCACUAGUGCUUCGCAUGCCCUAAAAUUCAAUUCAAUUUUGGGCUGCGUCUCACGGACUCUCCUUACCUCCACUCGGAGAUGGUCAGGCCUACUGCGGUACUCGAGAAGCUCAAAGUAGCGCAAAGGGCGACAAGGACUGUUCCGCAACUUGCAUUUGCACGACCCUCAAAGCCACAAAAUCCCCUUCACCUCUACCGGCAAGCACUCCGUCUGGCCUAUCAGAUCGCAAAGCGAUGGUAUGACCCUUACAUUUUCUACUACCAUAGACUUAAAGCCGCGAGACAGCUGCGCGCUCCUUCUUCGAUCAGUAAAGCUCAUGUUGCCAGGACGAAAUGGACAAAGGAAAAGGUAGAGAGUACAAUGAGCCCUGCUGAGGUGAAUCGCUUCAAGCGCCUCAAGGCUUGCGUCAGUACCUUGAAGAGGGCUGAGCUGGGGCACUUGGAGCCGAUGUAUAAGGUGUUGAGAGAGACGUAUGCCAGAUCAGGGGUCUUGAGGGCCACGGCAAUGGAGCAUCUUCUACCCAACCUAGACCCCUCCAACACAAUACCUCAACCUACAUGGGCCGUACUCAAGCUCAUUCAGUCACCCAUCACCUCCUCCAGCUCUCCAGAUGCAACAACCAUUCGCAACCUCCGUAGAUAUACCAGGCUGAAUCCCGCCAUUGCAGCAGGGGAGGAACCGCCUCGAAUACCCCUCGAAGAACGCAAGCUGAGAAAUCGGAUGCAAUUCAAGGUCUUUGGAAAGGUCAUGGAUGGAAUCAGGCCUCCGUUGAGUUAUGCUGUGGUGCGCAAGGUCGAGGAGAAUGCGAGGAGGGCAGUAAGCGUUGCGCUCGAGUGCCCAGAAAGGGGCCAGACUAUUGAUGGCGUACAAGCUUCCCAGGACAAUGAGAAAGAUGAAUCCAAGUGGGCAGAGCAAGACUUCUCGCAGGGCGGUCAGAUCCUCAAAGAUGCUCUGCAAGCGCUAGGGACAAGACCUAGGAGGGGUCCGCCCAAACCUCUAGAACUUGGCCCACUUCACCCGAGCUCGAAGUGGUAUGCUAGAGGGAGACGGAGGGCGUGGGUCAGCAAAUUGGUUCAGCAGAAGCAAUAUCGACAUCGCAAGUUGGAGAUGUCACGAGUCAUUCUCCCUCUCCGCGGCCGCGUCCACUCCCUCCGCACCUCGCAAUACAACCUACCCCGCUCGUCUGGAAAUCCCUCUGGGGCUCCCUCCCUCGCCUGCCAACCGACGGCCUCCGCCCCAUCCUCGAAGCCUACAAUGCUCAAGAGCACGCCCGCCACAUCUGGUCCGGCGAAUCCGAGGCAGACGCAGCAGCCGACGCAGCCCUCGAGGAGGAGCGCGCCCGUCUACGAGAAGAGUAUGCAGGAUUGA